GUGCGCAUGCGCAAAUAAAAUUUUGUACAAAAUUAGAAUCUCCAAUAUUUUCCACACAUUCGUACGUUUAUGGCAGUUGUGCAGUAAAGUAAAGGAUUUAUAACACAGAGCUGAAUGUUGACUAUAUUCUGAGAAAAUUUUGACCUAAUACUUCGAGAAUGGAUAAAGUUAUCUCGAGUCAAAUAUUGUUGCCACUUUUUUGCUUGUUGAGCAUUUGGAGUGGAACCAGUUUUGCUGAUGAUCUGCCAACAUGUCAACCGAAGGACUACCACUAUGAGUAUACUGAGUGUGAUAGUUACGGGGGACGUUGGCGGGUGUCAGUGCCUGCCCCUGACAAAUGUAACCCAAAUGGCACUGCUCCCAAUGCUCCAGUACGUGGCAAGGCCUGCACUUUCACAUGUGAGGCGGGAAAGUACUUAGAUCUAAAUGGCGACCAAGAGUGUCACGCUUGCCCUGCGGGGGAGUAUUCCCUUGGGGGUGGAGCAAAAUUUGAGGACUGGACAGAACUCCCCAAAGGAUUCAGUAUUGAGACAGAGGAGUUUGCUGGGGCGUUAGCCACUGAUGAAGAGGGAAAUUCUGCGACUAAUUGUUCACAACAAGGUUGGAAAACACGCAAGGACUACAUAGCUUCAGUACCAAAACAUUGCACCAGUAGUCUCGUAUAUACCGCUAAUUUAGUGAGAGCAGGGUCUGUCUCAUUUACAUAUCAAUAUGCUGACAAUGGAAUACUCUUCCAUUUCUUGGUUCAGAACAGUCAAUGUCAGGGUUAUGGAGACCGUGAUUCUAGUCGAUGGCCUUCAUUAACUGAAGAUGGCCAGUGGAGAACUCAAGUGUUCAGUUUGAAGUCGGGGCCUAAUACUUUGGUAUGGAAGACGAUUGGGCUCAGUUCCUCAGAAGGCACGAGGAAACCUAUCCUUAUUAAGGAAAUAGUGCUGCAUGGUGUUGCCUACACGUCCCAGUGUUCCAAGUGCAAGGAAGGAACAAUGAGUGCAGAGGGCUCCUCCUCAUGUACAAUGUGUGAGCCAAACACAUACGCUCCUAAAGGAUCACCAGAGUGCAAGAAUUGUGACUCCACCACUGAAUAUUCAAAUGCAGGAGCUGGAGCUUGUACGAAAAGACCUCCAUGCAAGGAGAAGGACUAUUUUGCUUAUAACAUGCCAUGUGAUGAGAAGAAACAGACAAGGAAGAUGUACAGAUGGGUGGAGCCAACUGUCUGUCGUAUAGAUGACCCUACAUCUGUUAAACUACCCACAUCUGGCACCCCAGAACCAUGUCCCCCAUGUAACCCUGGUAUGGAGUAUGGCAAAGUGAAUGGAACAGCAGGUUGUAUUUUCUGCCCAAAGAACAGCUUCUCAGAUGGCAGUAAAGCAUGUGAGAAAUGCCCUGCCAAUACAGCACCUAACUACAGCAUUGAGUAUAAAUGGUGGAAUAAUCUACCCCCAAAUGUCACCUCUAGCUGUCUAUCUAUGGACGAUGAUGGUUGUCGCUCAAAGGAAGGUUGGGUACCAACUGGUGACCACAUUGCAAGUGGGAUUGGACACGCCGAUGACUCGUACCUUUUGUUGAACCUCCACAUCAGUGGCUUCAGCGGCAAAGAGGCCACCAUCAACGGAAAGGCAGCGGAAAUUGCAACUCUUACAUUUGUCUUCGAGACCAAAUGUCAAGGAAAAUGUGAAUUUUUCUUCAUGCAGUUUGGAAGCCAGAUGAAGUCUGUAGGCGAGUGGUAUGGGCGUACCCCUACGCAAUCUUUCAGCUAUGCAAUCACCAAGAAUGAACCGGUGACAUUCAGCUGGGCAUUCCAGAAAACAGAUUGGGAAUCAGCUUACGAGGGUGAUAAAGUCUUGUAUAAAUUGUCUAAUGACAUAGCCAAGAUUUACAGUAUUUCCGUCACAAACACCAUAGAUGGUGGGGCUACGGAAUGUAGAUCCUGCCCAAAGGGGACAAAAGAUGAUCAGUGUGUACCCUGCCCUGCUGGCCAGUACAUUGAACCAAAUUCCACACAGUGUAAGACCUGCCCUGCCAAUACAAUCAUCCAAUCAGACCAGCCUUGGGGGAAAGAGGCUUGCCAUUCAUGUGGCCAGGGACUACAGGCCAAGGACCAUCAGCUUUGCUACAGUACAUGUCAGUAUACAGACAAAGCUGGUCGUCAGUAUGACUUCAGACAGUUAAACAGCCCAACAGUGCUAGCAGGAGCUCGUUUGUUCACAUCUAGUGGUACUCAGUAUUACCAUACCUUCAACAUCAGUCUGUGUGGCCAUGAGGGACUAGGAGAGGCGCUUUGUGCUAACAAUGUCACACAGAGUUCGGAUGGGACAGCUGAGUCUUCCAAAUCGGAUGAAGCCCAUGGAGUGCAGUCCAUGAUUUGUCGCUCAACUCUUAUUCCUCCUCGUAUGAAUGAACAGGGAGAAAGCAUAUCAGCCCAACCUGUGAGCCUUGGAGACCAUCUUUUAAACAUCACUAACUCCUCAAUGAAAACUGAAUUGGAGGCUGCUGGUUGGACAAAAGAUGAAUAUGACCUUGACCUUCAUUUCACAUAUGUCUCGUCAGAAUCUACAAAAGCUUGUCCGGAUGGUCGCUACACAGUAAUCCAUCUCCGUUGUGACGUCAAAGAAUCUGGGUCAGGUACCCUAGAAUUGCCUCCUAAAUGCCCUGAUGGAACGUGUGAUGGUUGCACAUUUCAUUUCAUGUGGAACAGUAAGCACGCUUGCCCACAGUGUCAUGAAGAUGAUUAUGAUGUCGUUAAGGGAGAGUGCCACCAGGGGGAGCAAAUCAUUCAUUAUUACCCACCCAAGCACUGUGUAUUGAUGGGAGAUGGAAAGCCUGUAACGAAAAAAAUGAAAUGUCCAAUCCUGCCCUUCUUUGCUGAGGUUGCUAUAGCUGGAGCCACCUUACUGGCAGUUCUGCUUAUCACCGUGCUCGUCUAUUGUUGGAAGAGGAACAGGAAACUUGAGUACAAGUACAUGAAGCUGGCUGCUGGAUCUGGUAAACCCAACAUAGAUGGAGAGAUGGAGCUUCCUGCUGCCGAAACAUGCGCACUCAGCGAGGAUGAAGAGGAACAGUUUGAUGCCGUCAAGUUCAAGGAGAGCAGAGGAAGCAAGUUUAUGAACAAACUCAAGAAUAUCACUGGAAAGGGAGGCGACAACCCGUUUGAAUCAAUUCAACUGACAGACAAAACCCCAUUGACAUAAUAGCAGUACUACAUAGGCUAUCUACUACAUAUAUCCAUAUCAUAUUAAGCUUCUGAAACACUAUAUAACAGUCUGGAGGGCAAAAAUAUAUAAAAUCCUUUGGCAGGCAUAAAUAGGAGGAAAUGCCCCUUGUAAAUGCCCAGAUAAGAGGAAUAACAAAACUUAAACAGAAAAAAUAAUUUCCAAGAUUUUUCUAAAUUGGAUUCAUUUUGCCAGUUAUUUUCAAUGCAUGGAGACUCACAGAUGAGGAAAACAUUUAAAAAUCUUUGCAGACUUAUUCAUUGAUGUGGAAGCAUAGCAAAGAAUAAGAAACAAAGCAAAGAAUAUUAAAUGCAUAGAAAGACAGCUGAAGAGAAACUAAGACAUGAAAUAUGAUUUCCAUUAUGACAUGCCAGAUAUUUGGCCAGCAUGGCGGCAUUGUUGAGGUAUUAGUGCAAUUCAGUUGGUGAUCUAAAUAUGAGCUUAUAAUUCAGAAAAAUAAAAUAUGUAAUGAGCAAAUUAAUUUUCAGGCCAUAUGAGUAAAACUUUAGAUCAAUCUAGUAGAUCCUGCCAUCUAUUAGUAAUGAUGUCAUUCUUUCAGUUUUGUUGCAGAAAUAUAAUUUGAUCUUCAAAAACAAUUUUAUGUACAAACAUUAUCACCUGCAAAGUAUGACAUCAUGAUAUCAAUGAUUCCUCGGUUCACCAAUAGGGGUCAGGACUAUCUAGAAAGGUCUAUUGUUAUUUUCAUCUCUGGUCUAAAUAAAAGUUUGAAGUGUUGAAAGGUAAAGCAGUACAGUGAAGAGCAGUAAUUGAGUUAGUUAGUUAGCUAGUUAGGGCAUUGUCUUCUGUAAAUAAAUAUGAUAACUUAUCCCUCAAAUGUAAUUAUUAUUAAUAUGUUCAACUUAUUCAUUUUCAUGUCUAUGAUCCCCAACUAUUAUUUGUAAACUUUAUUCCAUGAACUUAAUUACUAUUACAUUGUUCAUCAUCGGGAACAUACGUGUAUAUUAUAUUAUUAUUUACUAUACUAUUUAUACAUGUACUCUAAGACAUAGAUAUAUACACUAAGUAGAGUAUUAUGGGGCCUGUUUUAUAGAUCACUUGAAAUCCUCAGUGUAUUAUUAUUCAUUCAUGUCUUAUAAGCUAUCUAGGACAUUGAUAUUGGGAUAAUUUUUGAUCCUGCCACCUAUUGAGUAAGAUAUCAUGGGUAAUUUCAAAAAUUGUUCUCUGAGUUGUUUAAAUUAUAAACUGUGUCUGUGACAUCAUCAUUAUUAGGAUUUACUAGAAAAGUAUUGCAAUAAUAUUAAACAUUCCUUACGAUAUGAUCUGUCUUCUUUUACAUGUGUACUCAAUUCAUUCAUAUAUUACGUAUACUUUUACUCCCUAAUUGAAUGUUUUCUUUAUGUAUAUACUAUGUACAUUACCACAUACAUGGGAACAUAAGAAGUAUAGCUUAAUUGUGUGUUUUGUAUUAUAUUUUGUUAAUGUACUUGUGAUUGGAAUUAUCAUGGAAGAUGAGAUUAUAUCUAGGCCCCAUGCAAUAUUGAGUUAAGAGGUUAUAACUUACAUAGGGCCUUUUAAUUAUUGUGACAAAAGCAAAUCCAUCGACUAGAAAUCCUUUGAAUUUGGAGCAUCUCACAUUUAUGUUGAACUCCACAUAAAAGUUUGUCAAUUUUACAGUUAUGUCUGAACUUGAUCCAUUUGUAUUUGACUUCAAGAAAGUGUUUUUUGUUUGAGAUUAAUCCUUUAUAUUAUCAAUCCCUACUAUUCACUACCAUCAUUCCCAAACAUUAUCCUUAAUAUUAUCAAUCCUGUAUUAAUUCUAAAUAUUAUCAGUCCCAAAAUUGUCAGAUUAUUUUAAUAGUGUUUAAAAUCUAAUUAAUUAAAAUUAACUAGGGUUUCAGUAAAUUGUACUAUAUAAAUGUAUGUAUUGUGAAUUUUUUACCAAAACAUAUUCCAUUUAUAGAACAUACAUGUUCUAGUUGAAUAAGGUUUGCCAAAUUCUAAUUGUAACUUUUUCAACUAAAAUAUUGCACAAUCUUAUUCUGUUGGUGGAGGGGCCAUUGUCAUGUAAUUGUAAUUUUGUGUAUAUUGUUUGAUAUACUGAACAAGUGAUAAUUUUCCCAGGAUGAAAUUUUAUCGUUUUUGUCCAAAAUUUAAGGUGAUGAAAAUAAAUUUUAUUGAAAUCUUUAAUUUGCUGAUGUUUUACAUGUUUUUACUGUUGUCUGCAUUAGGAAAUAUUUCUCAUGGUAAAAUUAUUUCUUGUACAGUGUUUUAAAAAAACUCGGCUGACUGAUGACAUGUUAAUAUAAACCUAAUGUUUUUGUUUUGAGUUCAACAGAAUAUCAAAAAUAUACAUGUAACUACUAGUCAAAGCAAAUAUCUCAAUACUACAAACAUGGCUAGACUUCAUAAAAGAGUCUCAGUUAUGCAUAAAUUAAUAGCUUAUUGUUAUUAUUAAUAUGUGACCUGAUUUGUGCAAUUUGCAGCAUUUUACAAUCAGCAGGCAUUACAAAUGUACAUUAACUUUACAAUCACAUUCAAUAUAUCAUUAACAAAGGAUACGAUGGAUUAAAACUGUAAAUAAAUUUUACAUCACUCAA